CACACACACACACCCUCAUUCUCAGAGGACACACGCAGAUCUCCUCUCACACACACACACACUCACAGCUGUUCACACUCCUCUCUUUGAUGAACAACGUUGCCAUUGCAGAGCAGAGCCCGCGGGAGUCUAGGAAGGGGGGAACCCAAUGUUGGCUGGUAGCUCCUCCACAGAGCAUCUGGAUGGAGUAUCUGGACGGACCAGUGGAGCGACUCGCCUUUUUCUGAUCGCUUAGCCGGCUCCCGCUCCGUCGUCAUCCCUUCUCCUGCCUCCUGCCUCCUUCCCGGCUCCUCUCUGCUGGAAUCCGAGCGCAGACCCGGGAGGCAGCGGCGGCGGCGGCGUGAAAACGAGAGACAUGAGUUUCGCCUCUGCCGUCUGCUACGACUGCCUGUCUGCUCCCAUUCACUGAGCGCGGAGGGAACACGAGGUAAGGGGGUCAAAGCAGCAGCCACAGAGCAAAGCGGCAAGGUGACGCAGACAUGAGUGCGAACAGCCAUCAGGAGGUGGUGACCACUCCCCCGACACCCGGCGGGGGGACCAAGGAGCGCUAUUUCGACCGGGUCAACGUCAACGAUCCGGAGUACAUCAGAGCCAGAAACAUGUCGCCGGACCUCCGGCAGGACUUUAACGUUCUGGAGCAGAAGAAACGUGUCACACAGAUACUACAGAGCCCGGUAAGUGCAAAAGCAGGACACACUGACAUGUGCGUCCGCAGCAAGUUGCUUCCUGACCUGCGUAUCGGUGUAGGAGCGUGUGAGUGUCAAUGAGUGCGUUUGGUUGAA